CCUGGGGAGGAGAAAGAUCUCCUGGAAGGCUGUAACCUGCUAGACUCUGAGCUUCGGGACAAGGAAUUUGAUGACUUUGUCAACUCCCUGCUGAGGACCUUCGAGGAUGGACCAGACUUGCUGCAGGGUUGUUCACCUAGCAGCAGUGACAGCAGCAUUUCUGAAGAUCAGCAUCUGUCCCAUAGCCUUGACAGCAAUUUGGCCAGCAUUUCUCAGAACUUGUACACUGCGCACAAUGAUCACAACUAUUCCUUCCAUCAGGACUGGUCUAUGCCGGAAAGCGUGAUGUCUGACAUAGCAGAAAGAGAUGUUUCCAUUGACCUUGGGACACAGAGGGGUUUGACGGGCAGAAGGCGGGCACGGAAACGGAAGUCCAGUUUCCCCACUGCUGUUGCUGUAGGUGCCGGACAGCAGCCUGGAUGUGGAGUCAUCACGCAGUCUGACUUCCCAGAGCUGGUCCUGACAGUGGAGGAGAGUCAGCUACUGAAGAAAGAAGGUGUUUCAUUACCACUCCGUCUGCCCCUGACUAAAGCUGAAGAGCAGGUUCUGAAGAAAGUGCGUCGGAAGAUCCGGAACAAGCAGUUAGCCCGGGAUAGUCGUCACAGAAGGAAGAUCUACAUAGACGUCCUGGAACGGAGGGUGGCAGCCCACACAGCUCAGAAGAAGGAGCUGGAGAGGAAGGUGGAGGUGCUGCAGAAGGAGAACAUGUCACUGCUCGAGCAGUUGCAGAAACUGCAGGCCUUGGUCGCAAUGUCUACCACCAAAAGUACCAUCAGAAGAACCUGCACCAUGGUCAUCAUUUUGUCUUGCCUUAUUAUCUCCCCUAACAUCUGCUGGAUUCAAAGCAGAGACCCAGAGCUGAAGCUCAGAGUGCUGUCCCAGAAGAUCCAGCAGUUCCCAAACGAGGUAGAAACUGUUGUGUGUGAGGAUGCUAUGCUGGAGGAUUUCAGCCCGGAGCCCGAGGACCCCUUGCUAUCUGGCAGCCUCAGUCAAUCACGAGAAGAAGGGUAUUAUCCACCCAGCACUGACCCUGCAUGUUCAUGCAGCAGCAGCACAUUUUCUGAUCCUCCAGCAGCAGCAGGCUUUGAGCUGGGCUUUCUCCACCAGCUUCAGGAGCCGGACUUCCAGUGCGACCCUUCGCAGGCAGCGGUGCUGGCGGUGUUAAAAGGCAAGAGGCAGGAACGGGUGGAAUAUGCUGCUGGAAUUGUCGUUGUUUAGCAGCACUUGCCAAUGAGAUGUGACCACUGCUGCUUCAUGCUUCUUGGGGUGAUGCAGGGCACCCUGCUGGGCAGGGACAAGCAGCUGCAUUAACAUGUAAUCUGUCAAAACAGAUUAUUUGGAAUACCGUCCUGAGUCCUGGCAGCUCAGAGGUUUUACCAGGGAGUCAUUCUGAUGCUCUACUCCAUAUAUCUAUAGGAGCCCUCUAUCUGAUGGGGUGGGAAACUCUGGGAAAUUUGCUAUAGCUGCUGAUGUGACCUGCAGCCCUGGCUGUGUCCCAUGGCUCGCAGGGAUGGACUGUGGCAGGGAGGGUGAAGGUGGUUGGGUCUGAGGUGCCCAUACUUGGUCUGACUGGGUGCAGUUGGUGAUGGAGGCUGCUGCUCUGUUUUUCCCUGCCCAGGCAGAGGUGAAUAGGCCGAGUCCUGUACUUCUUACUGUAUCUAGUGGCAUCUGUUUCUUGUCCCUUCCCCUUAAUCGUGUCGUUUUGCCUGAUUUCUAGCUGUGAGAGAGUUAGUUGACCUUCAAUGUCCUCUGAGGGAGUGGUGCUACCAUUGCAACAGACCUUGCAUGUUGCCUGUUCCUGCUAGCUUUUGAGCCACAGGCGCAGCUGCUGUCCUGGAUAGAGAAGGUAAUAUGAAGUCCCUCACAAGCCAUGUGUGCUGUUUCCCUUCCACAGAGGCUGAGCCUUUUAUCUGUAGCUGUUCGAGUGGAGAUCCCGAGCCUCAGGGAGAAGACACAUCUCGAACCUGAGGAAUGGAGGUGCAUAGAGCAGAGAGCAACAGCGCUGCUUGCUGUUCUGAAGGCUUUCCUCACCACAGGAUGGUUUCAGAGCUAUGUCCUGGUGUGAGAGCUUUGCUGUGCUGGCUGAUGAUGUAGUUUCCCAAUUCUGGUUGCUCAUCAGGGCUGAGUAGAAAUCCUUUUAGCUGAUGAGUAGUGUCUUUUCUGGAGUGCAACUUAGUGGUACCUCCUGAGCAUCUCUCCUUAUUCUGCUUCAUAGAAUCAUAUCAGAUGGUUUGGGCUGGAAGGGGCCUUUAAAUGUCAUCUAGGUCAACAGCUCUACAACAAUAGAUUUAGGAAUAUGUUCAAGUAGAUUAGAAUAAUAAUAAUUCUCUU